UUUUAAACUCUCGUCCUUCUCAGUGAUGGCGGCUUCGUUUCGUUCUCCCCCUUCAAGCUGUAACAACAAAUGGUACUACAACCGACAGCAGAUCGACAACAGCCCAUCUCGGCGAGCUGGACUUGAUCCCGACAAGGAGCUGUCCUACAGACAACAGGCAGCGAACCUCCUCCAGGACAUGGGCCAGCGGCUCAAUGUAUCCCAACUAACUAUCAAUACAGCUAUUGUGUACAUGCAUCGGUUUUACAUGGUCCAGUCUUUUACAAGGUUUCACAGAAAUGUUACUUCCCCAGCCGCUCUUUUCCUCGCCGCAAAGGUUGAGGAGCAGCCCCGAAAGUUAGAACAUGUUAUCAAGGUGGCUCAUGCAUGUCUAAACCCUCAGGAGCCUUCACCAGACGUACGCAGCGAUGCUUACCUGCAACAAGCCCAAGACCUGGUCAUUCUUGAGAGCAUAAUUCUCCAGACCCUGGCUUUUGAAAUCACAAUUGAUCAUCCUCACACUCAUGUUGUUAAGUGCACUCAGCUUGUUAGAGUUAUCCCAGCCAGUAAGGAUCUGGCCCAAACAUCAUACUUCAUGGCCACCAACAGCCUGCACUUGACCACGUUUUGCCUGCAGUAUAGUCCACCUGUUGUCGCUUGUGUGUGCAUCCAUCUUGCCUGCAAAUGGUCCAACUGGGAAAUCCCUGUCUCUACAGAUGGGAAACACUGGUGGGAGUAUGUUGAUCCCACAGUUACACUUGAGCUGUUAGACGAGCUCACCCACGAGUUUCUUCAAAUCCUGGAGAAGACACCCAGUCGGCUCAAACGAAUUCGAAACUGGAAGGCUGGGGGUCAAACUCCAAAAGUUAAGCCAAAGGUCCAGGAGGAGGGUGACCAGAGAGACACCAUGAUCAGCAUGAUCUCCAUGGUCUCGUCAGAAAGUACCGUAGCAGGUCUGAUGAGCCUCUCCGCUCCACCGUCCGGCUCCUCUUCCACAUCUGUGAGUGACAAGGACCGGGCAGUACCAGGCAGUGCUCCGACAUGGAGCGGAAGGGGUCAGGUUGGAACUGAGCAGCAGCAGCCACCCAACCAUGAGGUCCACACUCCGGCCAAGGUAUCACUGAGUGAAUACCGUGCCAAGAACGCUGAUGUCCUGGCUGCCCAAAAGAGGAAGCUGGAGAACAUGGAGGCCAGCGUAAAGAGGGAAUACGCCAAUGCUGCGCAGGCUCUCAUUGGUCAGCAGAGGAAGCAUCAUCACCAGCAGUCCAGUUCCUCAUCUUCUGACAUGUCCAACCCCUCACCCAUCAUUCUCAAAAUACCUCUGGAGAAGGAGCGGCCCGACAAACAUCUGAAAAUGCGUUUUCCGAUGCCUGUAGGUGGCAGCGGUGGGCAUAGCGACAGAGCUCAGGAUCCGGACAUUAAAGUCAAAAUACGAGUGCCGGAGAAGCCAAGGGGGGGUUCAGGAGAGGAGGGCAAAAGCAGGGACAAACACAGGGACAGGUCUAACCAUCACCACCAUCACCACUAUUAUCACCACCAUCAUUCCUCCUCCAGCAGUGCUUCACUAUCCUCUUCACACAAACAUUCAUCUGGCUCUAGUGGGUUGCUGGGUAGCAGCAAAAAAGCCCCGAGUGAUUCCUCUAGAUCAACUUCUUCAUCCUCUUCCAGCUCCCGAAAGAGGACGCAUUCCCAAGAUUCAUUAGCAGGCUCGCACCCUGCUUCUAAGGUCAGCAAGAGCUCCAGAAAUCCCUACCAGCUGCCAUCUUUGUCUUCCUCAUCUGGACAAACUCUGGGUCAUGGUUCUGACGUUCUCCCUUCUCUGGGCCUUUCCCACCACCAAGGGACUUUCCCACACUCCAAAGGGGACAAGAUGGACACUAAUGGGCACAGUUCAGCAAGUGGGGCCCAGUCAAAUGAGUACCAGGACACUUUUGAAAUGCUGAACUCACUGCUGAGCGCGCAAGGCGUCCAGCCAUCUCAGCCAUCCAUGUUUGACUACAGAUCCCAGUACGCGGACUACCGGUUCCCUGGCGGCUCCAGGGGGAACAAUCCCAGACCCCCGCCCCUGCCUUCAGAACCGCCUCCUCCUCUUCCACCACUGCCCAAAUGAGCAUCUGAUCAGGAGACUAUUAUAUGUAGAUUCUACUUGAAAUCACAUACAUCCAUCUUAUUAUGUAAAGUGUUGUAAAAAUGAUUUUUUUACUAUAUUCACCCAACCUUUUUUAUGUGAGUUUCAGGGUGACAGCAGAGAAAUGUAAUAAUGUGGUUUGAGAUUUCACAUUUAAUGUAGGGAAAUAAUGAAUUUAAAAGCCUUGCAACAAUGUAAAGGACAAAAGACAAUUUUUUUCUUCUUCUGCUCAGUUCCAAGGAAAUGUGAUGAUGGAACGGGCUUCGUGUUAAUGAAAUUCAAACUGCCAUCAGAUAUCUUUUAGCCCUUUUUGUACUGUUUUUUUUUAUAGUAUGUUAUUUAUUGAGUGCUUUUUAAAAAAAAUAAGUCGACUCUUUAAGGUUCCUUCCUUUCUGUAUGCACAGGGAGAGAUGCUUUCAUCGAGGCUGUACAGGUUGGAGAGUGCAUGUCAACAAAGCCAUGUUUUUAAAUAUUUUCUUUUUUAAUGUUUUUUUUUUUAACCUGCCUCCAUACCUAGUGGCUGUCUUAGUUGGGGUACUUGUAUGAAGAUUGUAAUGUGGAAUUUAUUUUCUUUCAUUUUGUUACAGAAAAUUACAACAACAAAAAAAAGUAAAAUAAUGAAGCUUGUAUUUAGUUUUUAAGUGUUGCAGUCAUUGUUUUAAAUGGUUGUAAAAUGUUCAUGUUCAGUUUUUUGGUAAAUACACUAGCUUCAUACAGCAGACGGACAAACCUAAAGGUUGAAUCAUAUCUACCCAGUGCAGUCAUGAUGAAGGACACACAGACGUAUUCUCAUCUUUGAUGGUUAUGUUAUUAGGAUGUUUUAAUGUAUAAUCACUCAUGUUAACACUGUUCUGUUUUAAUCAUGUUACAGUUGUCUGAUGUUAUUAAUCCUGAGCUUGUUCUUUUUAAUCCAUCCAAAAAUGACCACUUUUUAAAAGUCUUUGCACCUCCUCUAUAACUACAGUCCUAGAUGGGCAUACCUCCAUCCAACAGUCUUGAACAUGUAGUCCCAUAGAAAAUGUUUAAAUUUUAUGCUUCAGCAAAACAGCAGAUGUUCUAUUUGUUGGCUGUACAUUUCAUUCACAUCAAAGCUUUAUAUUGGUUUGAUUGUGUGAUAUUACUGCUCUUAACCUGCUUCUUUUUUUUAAUCAUUUUUUAUGUAAAAAUGUUUAAAGCAGAUUAUGGUAAUACAGUACAACAAAUCAGCUAUGUAAUUGUAUUUAAAUCCCCUCAUAAAUGAUAAAUAUGCUAGAAAAGAGGCUUUCUUUUCUUAUAGCGUUUCGUUGUAACAGGGAAAUGGUGAAUGCACUGAAUAUUUAUCUUUGUAGGUGAGCCUACAAUGAAAUUGAUAGUGUUACAUGUAUAAUGGUAAAACUACUAGAAUAGAUUUCCAAUAUAUUGUCAUUUUAAAAACAAAUUAUCUAAUUGGGACAAAUGUUUCAGUGUAAGUAUUAAGCAUAAACAUGCUGUGAGGAAAAAAUGACUCAUUUUUAUCGACCAUAUAUAAGGUGAAUGGAAGACACUCAUGCAACCUAACAAUGCAAAAAUCACAUUUACAAAAGCUUACGUUUCAUGUUUCAUUUCUUGGUGUUUUUAUUGACACUCAGGUCUGGAAAUAAAAAGAUUGGAUUUUUUUCAUUUAAUAAGUUAUAUGUGAACUGUUUUUGAUAAAAUGUGGUUGCUUUAUUCCGGAAGUCAAUAAAUAUUUUAAGAAAAA